CGAACGAUGGCGUGAUUUGGCCGGCACGGCGCUCGAUCGAGGUUUGGCCAUGGCACUAGAUGCAGAGCUCUUGGAUCUUCCCGAUCCAGCAGAUUUCCCAGAGGAUCUAGAGAAUCUGGACGAUCAGGACUGGGUCUCGCUCUUUCUGGAGAAUUCCUCGCCUCUGGAUGACUGCGAUUCAGCUUCUCUGGGGGAAUUCCUGCCGGAAUUUCUCGAGGGGCCGCCAUUCCCGAAAGAGGCCACGGGAUCUCCCAGCAGCGCCAUCACGCAGCACAGCAAUAGCUCCAGCCGCGAGGAGAUUAUCAAGGAUGAGGAGGCCGGAUCCGACAGCAACAAGCCCAGCUCAUCGGGAGAAUCCAACUCGAGCCGCCCUAUCAAGAGGCUUGGCAAGCGCAAGGUAGAGUACGCCCAGGAGGAGAAGCAAGAAGAUGGCGAUGGCGGCGACGAUGAAGAGGUGAAAAGGAAGGCCAGGUUGAUGCGUAACAGGGAGAGCGCGCAGCUAUCUCGGCAGAGAAAGAAAGCGUAUGUGGACGAUCUGGAAGAAAGGGUCCGGACUCUCAACGCGACGGUGGCCGAGCUUAACAACACGGUGAGUCUCAUCAGCGCCGAGAAUGUGAAUCUUCGCAACCAGCUCGCGUACUACUAUCACUCGAGGAAUGGUGGUGGCAAGCCGGGAGCUUACGCUCCUCCUCCUCCCAUGGGAAUGCCGGUGUAUCAGUAUCCCGGAGGAUACGUUCUUCGUCCCGGGAGCAGUGCUCCUCCAGUGCCGAUCCCGCGACUCAAGACACAAGCUUCGGCGGUGAAGAGCGUGAAGCGUGCCAAGGUUUCCAAAGACGAGAAUUCCACGAAGAAACCAUCGUCGACGUCCUCCACAGCUUCUGGGAAAACGAAGAAGUUGGCGAGUGUGGCGGCUCUCGGGUUGCUUUGUGUGAUGGCGCUGGUGUUCCCUCUCGAUCUGGGAAUACCGGUGACGCAGAGAACUGGACAGAUUCGGGCCUACGUUUCGUCGGAUCCAGCACAAGCCAGGAUAGGUGGUAGAGUUUUGAUGGGCUUGGAGGACGAGCGCAACGAAUCUUCGAAGCUGGCCUGGUCUCCAGGGGAUGGUUACAAGCUAGAGAGCAAGUGUGAGCGGCAGGACAAGAGUGGAGCGGUGAUCGAUGGGAGUAUGUUUCCGGCUAACGUGAGCACGUAUGGCAACGCAACUCAGCGGUUUCCGGCGUCGCUGCUGUUCCCUCGCGACAACCAAGUAGUGAAAGUAGAUGGCGAUCUCGUCAUCCAAGCAGUCAUGGCCGGGGACAAAGCCGCGAGCGUUUUCGUUGCGAGCAGCAGGGACUCGUCGGCUUCCACUUCUCCCACUUCGACCGCUGCUCAGCGUAGCGGUGCAAGUCACGCUCCAGCGCUCUUGAACUCGGGGGUGUUCCAGGAUAUAGCAUUUCGAGCGCUUCCACCCAGCGACGUUGAUACCGACGAUCCUCAGCGAAAGAUUUUGAAUGAUCUCGCAGGCACACCUUUCAGCACUGGUGCUUGCAACGAGGUAUUCCAAUUCGAGAUAAGUCCGGAACCUCGGCCCCCGCAGGAAUCCCCGACGACUUCUGCGAAGAGAAGCGGCAGCUACCGCAGGAAUCUCUCGGCGGUGCCUCUUCCGCCAGGACCAUCGUCGUCCUCGCCAGGAGGAGGUAAGCAAUUCAACUCCAGUUCCACAGGAGGAGGAGGCAAUUUCUCCGAGAAGAGCCAGCGGCCGUCCUCGAUGGUCGUCUCGAUCUUCAAUCCAAAGCAAGUUCCAUCGACUGGAUCGAAAGAUCUGGCUCGAAUUUUCGUGGUGGUUUUGGUGGAUAGCGUCAAGUACGUGACAUACUCGUGCAUGCUACCGCCUCAACCCCGCCUUGUCACUGGAUAGCUAACAACAAACUAUCUAACAAAUAGAAGAUUCUAAUCGCAAGAUGUGGAUAUUCUGUUAACUACUUAGUCUUGGAUA